AUGACAUUACUUAUACCAUUAUUACCAAGAAAUUCAUCAUUUGAUUUCUUAUAUAAGAAUUAUCGUAUAAUUGAAUAUGUAGGUAGAGGUCAAUUUGGUAAUACAUAUAAAGUACAAAAUACAAUUGAUAAUAAAAUAUGGCUUGCAAAAUGUAUUGAUUUAUCACAAAUGGAUGAGGAUGAUAAAAAUCGUAGUCUUCAAGAGGCUGAGAUAAUGAAAACAAUUAAUAAUCCAUAUGUAAUUAAAUGUCAUGAGUCAUUUAUACAUGAUGAUAUAUAUUUAAUAAUAAUAAUGGAAUAUUGUAAACAAGGUGAUAUUAGUAAAGUUUUAGAGAAUUGUAUUAAAACAAAUACAUAUCUUUCAGAAGAUACAGUGUUAUUUUGGUGUUCACAAAUAGCAGCUGGAUUACAUUAUUUACAUAGAGAAUGUUCAAUAAUACAUCGUGAUAUAAAACCAUCAAAUAUAUUUUUAACAGAUAAAGGUAAUAUAGUAAUUGGUGAUUUUGGUAUUAGUAGAAUAAUGUUAAGUGUAACAAUUCCAUAUACAUUAACUUCUAUUGGAACACCUCAAUAUAUGUCACCAGAGAUGUGUGAAAAUAAACCUUAUACUUAUAAAAGUGAUAUUUGGUCAUUUGGAUGUGUAAUGUAUGAGUUGACAUGUUUAAAACCUCCAUUUACUGGUGAUUCACUUUUAUCCUUAGCUUGGAAUAUUUCAUUUCAAAAAAUUGAACCUCCCCCAAAAUGUUAUUCAAAUGAAUUAUUUAAUUUAGUACAACAACUUUUAUCAAGAGAUUCUUCUUUAAGACCAGAUCCAUUUGAAAUUUUACAAACUCCAUUAUUGAGAGUUUAUAAAGAAAAAUUAUUAUAUACACCUAAAAAUGAGAUAAUUGUAAAUCCAAAAACAAAAAGGAUGAAUGAAAUAUCAUUGAUGGGUAAGAUAAUAGAUAAAAAUAAAAUAGAACAGAUAUUUAAUAAAAAAGAAUUAAUAAUAUCUAAACAAGAUGAUGAUUUAAUUGAUUACCAAUAUGAUAUAUCAGUAAAAACAGAUGAUACAUGCCCAAGUACAAAUAGUAUAUCUUUAACAUCUUAUUCAUCAUAUAUUGAAGAAAGGAGUAUUUCUUUGGAAUCAAUAAAUUUAGGAUUUAUUCCUAAUAAUUUUGUAUAUGAAGAUAUAAAUAAAUGUUGUAGACAAGAUAAAGAGAAAUUUUGUAUAACUCCUACAAAUUUUGAUCAACAAUAUUGUAGUAUAAUUGUUGGUCGUAUACAACAGUAUAUUUUUUUUAGAGUUGAAGAAUGGUCAUUAAAAUCACCAAAUAAUUUAUCAAUAUAUGAGAUUAUAGAAUAUCUAAAUAAAAAUACGAAGUGUUGUAAUAAAUAUAUUAUUGAAAAUAUUCGUAUAUCAAGCAAAUGGUUGGCAGAAUUUGUUUUAGAAUUAGAUAUUGGUAUAUCAGAAGCAGAACAAGAACUACUUUUAUCAUACAUAAGUUAUACUUCAUCAGUAAAGAUAGAUAAUUUUAAUAUUUCGAGAACUAUUAGAUAUGCAAAAUCAUCUGAUAGUUUAAAUACUUUAGAUGAAUUAAAUUUAAUUGGUAAUAAGAAGAUUAGGAGACAGUCUAUGCCAAAUAAUGAUUCAAAAUAUAAAAAUUUUCAGAAAUAUAUUAGAAAUGAGAAUUUGAAUACAUUAUUUGAUAAAUUACCAAUAAUACAUGAAUUUCUUGAAUAUAUUAUUGGUUGGAAUGGGAUAAUAAGAAAUAAUAUAAAUAAUUUAGAUAUAACUGAGAUAAAAUAUAACGAAAUUUAUAAGAAAGAAGAAGAAAAAUUAUCAAAUAAUUCUAUGAGUAUAUUUUCACUGCAUCUAAUAAAGCCAGAUUUUUAUCAUUUAAUAAAAGAUUGGAUAGGGAGUAUUAUUAAACCUACAGUAUUGAAUAAGAAAUCAGCUUUUCAUAAUAGUAUUUCACCUAAAAAAAAAAUUAAAUCAAUAUGCUUAAAAGAUGGAUUUCGUCUUUUUGAUCAAUCCAAGCAUGAAAUUUUAUCAAGACAACAUUUUAGGACAGUAUUAUAUUUAAUAUUACCUAAAUUAACUUCAAUACAAUUAGAUUGGCUUUUUGCUUUGGCACCAAAAGAUUCUAAUGGUAAUGUAAAAUAUGAACAAUUUUUAGAAUAUGUGACAUAUAUACUGCAAAAUGAGAAAGAAGUGAAUAAUUCUCAAACUAUAAAGCUUGAAGAUAAAGAAUCGAAUAAUCAUACAAAUUCUAUUUUUCCAAAACGUGAUACAGGGCAUUAUUCAUAUAAAGUGGUUAAUACAAAGAAUUGUUAUUCUUUAUUUGUAGAUGGAAUUGUAGAUCAUUAUUUAUAUGAUGAUGAUAAUACUCACAAUAAUGAUACUGAAUUCUUUGGUUAUGGUAUACAUGAUUUAGUUUUAUUACAUCAUAAUAAUCAGACUUGUAGACGCCCAUCUCCAUCUCCUCAAAUAAUAUCUAGAACAAGAACUGCAUCAAAUUUAAGAAAUCCAGAAGAACUAUUAACUGAAGGUUUUGAUAAUAAUUUAGAAUUAAAUAAUCCAGAUUGUAAAUCUUUAGGUACUAACUUAAGUGGUUUAUUUUCAGCAAACAGAUUUAAAUUUAAUGUAUCAAGUAGUCCAUCUAACAAAGAUAAUAAUUAUGAUUUAAAAAUAGGAACAAACUGUUAUGUAAAUAAUGAUGAAAAUACAGAAAUAAGUGGUGAUUAUGAAUUAAAUAAUGAUAAUAAGCAAUUUAUAUCAAAUGGUAUUGUAAAGACUCCAUUAAGUUGUAAAAGUUGUAUUAAUCACUUUUCAAUUUCACCUUCAUCUCCUCCUGUAUCAAGUCAUUCAAUUGAUACAUCUUGUUUAUCUACAAAUGCUUGUGAAACUGGAAAUUGUCAACCUGAAAAAAGUUCUAUUAUUAAUAAUUGCUUUUUAUUGUUAAGUAUUAGCAUAUGCCUUGAGAAACUAAUUCAAACUUUACAGUUGGAACGCUUAUAUACAUGUUGGACAACAUCAAAUAUAUCACAUAAUCAUUCAUUAUUAAGAUAUAAAGCAUUAGAAAAAUUGGAAAAUAUUAGAAUUGAAACGAGUAGUGCAUUACAUAAUUUAACAUCAUAUUUACUAAGGUAUCUAAAAGGAAAUCCAGAAAAAGGACUAGAUUUUGAAUGUGAUCAAUUCUGUGUUUCUUUGAAGGAAACUCUUUUAAGAUUAGAAGUUGAAUUACCUUUACAAAGAGAUGCUAUUGAUUGUAUGCUACGUAUUUUUACUGAUCUAAUACAAGAUCAAACAGACUCUUCAUUAUCUCAAACUAUUCAGGCUAGUAACAAAAUAGCAUUUAUUAAUGAUGAUAAACAAUCAAAUGAGGAAAAUACUAUUCCAAAUUAUUCUUCUAAUGUUUAUAGGGAAAUUGUUAAGCAGGCAAUAACACAAAAUUUGGUUUAUCCAAUAUCGAAAAAAAGUUUUGAUAGUGAAGACUCUGUAAAUAUAAAAAUCAAAAGUAACAAAAAUAUAAAUAAUCAAUCAUCAAAUAAUACUUCUAAAUAUAUUAAUAAUAAUAGUAUUGAUGAGUUUUACAGUAUUGAAGAUAGUCAAAGUUCAUUUUCUUCAUUAAAUAAUUGUGAUGAUGAAGAAUAUUGCAAUUUAAAAACUAUGUCACUUCCUAAUAGAAAAAAACAAAGAUCAUCAGAUUCAACUACUUCAUCUCCUUCUUCUAAAGCAUUGGCAUGGACAGGGAAAUUUCUUGCAUCUUUGGAGUUUUUUGGUGAAGCUACUGUAAAUUUUCUACAAUGUGCAUUUCAAAUAUUAUCUAUCAUAGUACAAAUACUUUCAAAAGAUGAAUUUUGUCAUAGAAAUGUGCUUUUAUAUAAUCCAAAUACAAUUAUAGAAAAUUAUAGACAAUGGUCUUAUUUAAAAGAACAUGUAUCAAGAGAAUGUGCAUUUGUUGUAUCUAUUGGUGUUGAUUAUGAUCUAAAAAAAGACUUAGAAACUGCGAGAAUAUUUCUAGAAUUGUUAGGUGCAAGAAGAUAUCAAGCUGCUACCACAUGGCAAUUACAAAGUACUAGUGAACGUAACCUAUUUAAGGAUUUACUUCUAUUAGAAGAGGCUUUAUGGAAUAAUAGUCAAUACAAACAAUAUAAUGGUAACUAUAAUAAUCAAAAUUUCGCAGAUGAUUGGCUACAAAAAGGAGAUGAAACAUGUACAGCACUACAUAGUUCUUGUAUAAACUUCAUAAGUGAAAUCAGAGAUAUGAUAUAUAAAUUAUACUGA